UGGAAAGAGCCUGAGUCACCAACUGGGGCGAGAGGCCGGAUGUCCCCGCGCCGCGCGGGCUUCGCGCUGGGGAGCGGCGUUUCCCGUGAGCCCGCGGGCGCGCGGGGACUACGACUCCCGGCGUGCUCCACGGCCGCCAGAUUUAACCCUUCAGGGCAGGGGGCCGAGCCGCGACCCGCCCCCGCCUCAUACCCGGACCCUGCAGGGCUCCCUGGCUAUUUAAACAGAGAUGGGUGCCCCCAUCGGCACACUGUCCUUUGGCCACCGGACAUCAUGCCUCCCAAGAAGGAUGUUCCCGUGAAGAAACCAGCAGGGCCCUCCAUCUCCAAGCCUGCUGCCAAGCCAGCAGCAGGGGCCCCUCCAGUCAAGACCAAGGCUGAGCCAGCUGUUCCCCAGGCCCCUGAGAAAACCAAGGAGCCCCCUAUCGAUCUCUCCAAAGUGGUGAUCGAGUUUAACAAGGACCAGCUGGAGGAGUUCAAAGAGGCCUUUGAGCUGUUUGACCGAGUAGGGGAUGGCAAGAUCCUGUACAGCCAGUGUGGGGAUGUGAUGAGGGCUCUGGGCCAGAACCCUACCAACGCCGAGGUGCUCAGGGUCCUGGGGAACCCCAAGAGUGACGAGCUGAAGUCCAAGCGUGUGGACUUUGAGACUUUCCUGCCCAUGCUUCAGGCAGUGGCUAAGAACCGGGACCAAGGCACAUAUGAAGACUACUUGGAGGGGCUUCGCGUAUUUGAUAAGGAGGGGAAUGGCAAAGUCAUGGGAGCAGAGCUCAGACACGUUCUCACCACCCUGGGAGAGAAGAUGACUGAGGAGGAGGUGGAGACUGUUCUAGCAGGACAUGAGGACAGCAAUGGCUGCAUCAACUACGAGGCCUUCCUGAAGCACAUCCUAAGCGUCUGAGCUCUAACAGAUCGAGUGGGGUCGGUCACCCGGCCCCUGCAGGCGGAAGCACGUUCCAGCCACUAGGAGGCCACCUAUUGUUUCAAAAUAAAGACACGGUUCCUCCCUUGG